GCAAAAACUGGAUGUGGAGCUGGAGAGCUUAAAAAACUUACUUUUCCUAACUCCCGCCAUGGAUGUUACUCUCCUCAUUAGCUCACUAAGCAAGGGGCUGUAGAACAACAGUGAAAAAUACACCUUAAAAACUGUUUUAUCAAGCAAUUGCUGUCUCUCCACUGCAUGACCAGCAGGGCACACGGAGCAGCCAGGGGAGGUCGCAAUGACAUCACAGAGCUUAUGACAUUGGAGGGGCCAGCACCUCUACUUGAUAUAGCUACAGAUGCCAGGGCCUUGGGCCAAGAGCUGCCUGCUGAAGCAUUUGUUCUAGAACCUGCAGUCUCCUGGCAACAGCGGGACCAUCCCUGGGGAGCCUUGCUGCAUCCCAGCUCCAGCCCUGGUGACAAUGCCUUUUACCUCCUGGCCAUGGUGACUGCACUGGACCACUCGGGCUCCCCCCCUGUGUCCCUUGUGGCACCUGGGGGCUGCUCCGGGCACACACCCAGAACUCCCGCUGAACUACAACCCUGGGCAAAAGACCCAGGUCCUUUCUACAAGGAGCUGGCAAGCCUGCCCUUGGCCUGGGAAGGGGACACGGAGGAGGAGCUCCUCCAGAUCUGUGCAUCGGACUUGCUGCUGGGCUCCUCUCUGAGGAAGAGGCCGCGGUUGUUACCCCCCCACAGGAAGAUGCAUGUCGAGGUAUGGAAAAGAAAAGCGGCAUCUCCCCAGCUGGAGGAAGAUGUGAGAAGCCCGGUCCCUCUGGAGUACAGUCACCUGGUAGAUGCCAUGGCAAUGACCGAGCUGGCAGACAUUUCGGAGGUGGAAUCUUUCUACCGGCAGUUCACUCCCUGGCCAAGACGACGAGGCUCUUGCAGGAGCAGUAGGGGGGCUCACGCUCACUCGGCGAGCACGUCGCCUGCCAGGGAAGCCACUGAGGCUCCAGGCAGGGGCUGCGAGCCGCCCCCCAAGAGCAAUCGCAAGAGAGGCCUGGCCUCCGUUUCCACCCUCCUGCUGGCUGCCAAGCGGCCCAUGGACAAUGCUUGGAGUGCGCACCUCCCACCCAAGAAGCGGUACAUCCAGUACUGA